AAAUAUGGAAGUUUCAUCCAUACUUAAAAUCUUGCUAAUAGAAUGGAAUCACAUAAUGCUUCCAAUUUGCUUAAAGCUCAAAGCCACAUAUGGAAUCAUAUGUGCAAUUUCAUAAAUUCCAUGUCUCUUAAAUGUGUAGUUGAUUUAGGCAUACCAGAUAUCAUACACAAUUAUGAAAAACCUAUGCCACUCUCAGUACUUAUUUCUUCACUACCAAUCCACCCUUCAAAAAUCCCCUGCAUAUAUCGGUUGAUGCGAAUCAUGACUCAUUUAGGCUUUUUCUCGAAAGAUAAUGUUACCGAGAAUGAGCUAGAAAUCGAGUAUAUGUUAACCGAUGAAUCUAUAUUAUUGCUUAAGGAUCACCCUAUGAGUGUGACUCCUUUUUUGCAAGUGGUACUUGAUCCAAUUGUGGCAAACCCUUGGCAUAAUUUGUCUACUUGGUUAAAAAAUGAUGACCCUACAACAUUUGAAACGACCCAUGGGAUGUUGAUAUGGGAUUAUGCAGCGCGUGAGCCCAAAUUUAACAAUUUGUUCAAUGAUGCAAUGGCAAGUGAUGCUCGGUUGGUGACAAGUGUUGUGAUUGAGAAGUGCAAAGGAGUGUUCAAUGGAUUGGAGUCAUUGGUUGAUGUUGGAGGAGGCACAGGGACCAUGGCAAAGGCCCUUGCUAAAACAUUCCCAAUGAUGGAAUGUAAUGUAUUUGAUCUUCCACAUGUUGUUGAUGGCUUGCAAGGAAGUGAUAAUCUAAACUAUGUUGGUGGAGACAUGUUUAAGAAUAUUCCUCCAGCUGAUGCCAUUUUGUUGAAGUGGAUAUUGCAUGAUUGGAAUGACGAUGAAUGUGUGAAGAUAUUAAAGAAUUGUAAGGAUGCAAUAGCAAAGAAAGGUAAAAAAGGGAAGGUGAUUAUCAUAGACAUGGUGAUGGAGAAAGAGAAGGGAAACAAUGAAACCCUUGGAACACAACUCUUCUUUGAUAUGCUCAUGAUGGUGUUGGCCACAGGAAAAGAGAGAACUAAGAAAGAAUGGGUUAAUUUAAUUUCCUCUUCCGGUUUCAGUGAUUACAAGAUAACUCCAGUUUUAGGCCUAAGAUCUGUUAUUGAGAUCUAUCCAUAGUAAAAUCUAGUGAAGUAUCAUAGCUAUUACAAGAUAACUCCAGUUUUGGGUCUAAGAUCCGCCAUCAAGAUCUAUCUAUAGUAAAAUCUAGUGAAGUGCCAUAGCUAAAAAUUGAAUAAGAAUAAUCAUUCAUAUAUGUGAUUAUAGUUUAUAUUUAAUAUGUAAAAGUAGUAAUGGAGAUUUUAAAGUAAUCAUUAUAGUUGCGCUGUGAUCUUGAUACUAAGAAGCAUGCGCUCAAAUGGGGCUGAUCCGCCCUCAAUUUGCAGUUGCAAAAGUAUCAAAAAUCUUGAUAUCACAACUCAAAGUAAAAUUAGAAACAUUUUUCUAAAACCAUUGUAAUAAAGUCUUGUGGACUCUUCAUUAUAUGUGUUUGUUGGUAAAAUCAUGUACCGAAUAAUUACCCAGAAUCAUGUUUAAUUGUUAUUUAUUUC